AUGGCGGCAGCACCGACGACCACGUCUCCGCGUGUGACGCGCACCAGCUCUCGCGUGACUAAAGGUGUGCGCGAGCUGGACCCGGACUUUCAAUAUCGCCAGGUCAAGAAGAUGGAGGAUCACCCCUUUGUUGAGCUGGUGGGCAAGGAGAUUGAAAUCCAUCUCGGAACCACGCUGGGCUGGCAAAACGGCAAGGUGGUGGAGUUUCACCCUUUUGAUGGCAUGCAUCUCGUCGAAAUGGCUGAUGGCACCAAGCGCCUUUUCCACCUGGAUCAGCGAGAGAUUCGCCUCAAGGGUCGCAAGCGCGAGUACACCCGACUGAAGGAGCAAGUGCACAAGCACCCCAUGCAUACGCGAUCCCAAGACCCCGCCCCAAAGUCCAAGCGCGCCAAGGCAACGGCCGAUGCGGAUGGAAGCAAGACGGCAACCUCACCCACGGGCUCUGCCAGCAGCUCACCUGCCGCUUCGCAGGCCUCGGCGGCAGCAGCCUCUGAUGCCGGCAUUGACGUCGGCGCCAGCACGACACAGGCCGACAAGAGCAAGGCGAGCCACGCCCACAACCACGCCAGCAACGCCAUCCACGUCUGCUACACUGACCCGGAAGUGGACGAGAUGACGGGCCUCAAGGGCCAAGCAGAGGUCUUGAUCGACGCCAAUCAUCAAGUCUUCGAGGCUGACCUGGUCUAUCUUGACCUGAGCCAGAAUCACGACAAGUACUACAAGCUGCAAGUGCUCAAGGCCAAGGAUGGCAGCGCCUACUGGUGCUCGCACCAUUGGGGGCGCACAGGCACUCACGGUCAAAGCCAGGUCUUCAAGUUUGAUGACGAAGCUACCGCCAUUGCCGAUUUUGAGGACAAGUUUCACCAAAAGACUGGCUUCCAGUGGAAGGAUCGCGAUACCGCCUCGCGCAAGCCUGGCAAGUAUGCGCUCAAGCGUAAAGUCUACCUAUCGGUGGGCGCCAACCCAGCCAAUAGCACUGGUACCAACGCAGCUGCUGGCGAGUCGGUGGUGUGGCAGUACUAUGUUGAUGACUUUGUCGAUGGCAAGUCUGUGGGCUGGUAUCCCUACACGGAAUCGGCCACGCGUGUGGUGGAGGGUGUCUACUCGGAAUGGCAAAACAACACCUGGCUUGACGUGCGCCAAGUCCAAUCGGGCUACUUUUCCUACCGUGUGGACUUUAACACCAUGACGCAAACCAACACCAGCACCAACACUUGCCGCCGCAUCCGCCGUCAAGCUCAAGCGGCCUAA